AUGGAGCCAAACAAAACCCACAACCCUCAGCCCACACGAUUACGAACACCAAGCAAGCUAUCAAUCAUGGAGAGCGCGAGUCCGAGCCAUGGAAUGACAGCGGCUAACAAAGACACUGUUAACAACAUCGAGGGCAAUGGCAACAAGUUGAACACUCCGCCCACGAGCAGCGCUGAAACCUUCAGCCCAGCAAGUUUGAAUAAGCGAGGACGAUUGAGAGUGGCCAGUCUUGUUGAUAGCCCGUCAGCUGGUCGAGGCAUUGGUAGCCCACCCGCAGGGUUCGGAGCAGGUCUCCACAAUGUCCCGUCACCUAUCACUACCACCACCACGCAACGCCAGGCUCCGCCAAUGGAAUCAACCAACGCGGACGACAUGCGCGAGCCACUACCAGUGACGCAGCUUCCUGGCAUCGCUGAGACUUUGAAGGAUCUCGCUCCUAGUCAAACCAACCAACCUCCAGUGGCGCUUCCCGGACGUCCAGCGCAGGUAACAGAGAGUGUAUCGGUGUUCCCUCCUGCACAAUCAGGCUUACUCAAUGGAGACAGCCAAGAAACGAGCCCAAAAAAGAGAAAAGACCCAGCGCCACUUCUCAACAUAUACGAUCGUCGCGCUGACCAGAUUGGACCCAGUCAUCGCAUCCCAGGAGUGGGACAUCUAGGGGACUUACUGACCCCUCCGGGCUGGAAGCUAGGCGAUGAGCCCAUCGAUGAAGCCGAGGCGCAGAAUCUCUUUGCAGCCUCUCGUCUCAAAGCUAAAAAGAUGCUUGACGAGGGCAUGCGCGAGACUGGCCAUUCCUCCAGCACUGAUCACGAGGAAUUGUGCGCAGAGAAGAAUGCGCAAUACCAGACACAGCGCACUCUUGACGAAUACUUGCUCGUCGAGCGCGUGAAGCUGUACAACUUCUGGCAAGAGCGCAAGCAGAAGCAUUUCCACCAACUGCACUCGCAACCACAACAACAUUGUCAUUCCGAACCUAAGCCAGAAACCCGCCCUCAACCAUUGCAGCCACCUGUCCAGACUUCGAUGAUAGCAUAUCAACGACAUCAACAAUCCCUAGUCCCAGCUUCGCCACAUCUCUAUGCCCCUAGUCCACCUUUGUCCGGAGGAACUCUGAACGCUCGUAUCAAUUUUAUGCAGCAAGGACUCCAUAUACCGCAAACUCCGAUGAGCCCAACCUUCCUAGAUCCAGGCCUCGUGCCACAAACGCUAGAAGCUGUGUACAACUGUUACGCUCGUAAUCAAGUGAUCAUCAUGAACAUGAACAACGAGAAUGAAAGAUUCUUGACGCAGUGGUCUGCAAGAUUUCAUGUUCCGAGACCCCAAAAUCCGGUAGCGCCUGGUCUCAUCCCGUCCCUCACUGGCCAGAGAGCAGCGCCAUUCGGCAGCAUCCACUAUGGUUAUAUGCCACAGGACCUACGUCCCUGGACGCCAUCCCAGGCAAGAUUUGAGGGGAUGACCGAGCUAGCUGUGCCGACGCUGCAAGCGAGACCAUUUCCAUCUGUUUGGAACCCAUCAAACCUCAGACAGGAAUAUGGUAGAGCAUUGUCUCAAACGGCCAAUCGAAAUGGUACUUUCCGGCAUCCAGAUGGCGACACAAAUUCUCCAGAGCGCAAAAUCCAGACCAUUAACACUCCUGAAUCAAAAAAGCGUGGUCGUACACCGAAGGCCGAUAAGAAAAAGACUUGGUAUGCUGAUGAGAUCGCUGAAGCGAACCUUCCAACCUCGGUCAUUAGUCAAGCUGCAAUGAAGGCGGGUACGGAUUUCAUGACCAACGAAGACCGAAAGCAGUCCCCUCCCAAGCCGAAAGGUCGUCGUGGGAUGCCUAUCAUCGAUCCGAAGAAAGGGUUUGCAGUGUCUGCAGAUGCCGCCAAAGCCCUCAUUGCCCGGGGUGCGGCCGACGCAAGACCAAGACAGGGUUCAUUAGCGCUCAAGACAUCUGCCAAUGGGUCCGUAGCCAUCGCUGCCUCAUCGACCGGCGUCGUGGCAGGCUAUCAAGCCGGCUUCUACCCCGGUGCAGGGGCCGAAGUCACGUCUGUUCCAAUGCUUCAGCGGGACGAAGACACGAUCAGUGCACCCAACAGCGCAGUCAGCGGACCCAGCAGCGAUACACCGGAUGAUCCGAAAGAUACUAACUACGGUCAAAAGGCCCAGCACAAGCCAGCUACACCACGUGCCACCGUUGCACCUCGCAAAGUUGCUUCCACCGCCGAUAAAAAGCGCAAGUCCACUGAUGCGGCACCGCCAGCCAAGAAGCGCACCCGGCACAAUGUCCACGGUACAGCAGACAUCGAAUCAUAA